AGUUGGUUAGAUCUCACCAAAGAGAUUAAGAAGCAAUUACAAGGUGGACCUUGGGAUUUUACAUUCAGUGUGAAGUUUUAUCCACCUGAUCCUGCACAGUUGACUGAAGAUAUAACAAGAUAUUACCUGUGUCUUCAGUUGCGUCAAGACAUAGUUACUGGAUGUCUGCCGUGUUCAUUUGUUACCCUUGCCCUGUUGGGAUCAUACACUGUUCAGUCAGAGCUGGGUGAAUAUGAUCCAGAGUUACAUGGAACAAAUUAUGUUAGUGAGUUUAGGUUGGCCCCAAAUCAAACAAAGGAAUUGGAAGAGAAAAUUAUGGAACUUCAUAAAACACAUAGAGCUAUGACUCCAGCACAAGCAGAUUUGCAAUUCUUGGAGAAUGCAAAGAAACUUUCAAUGUAUGGUGUGGACUUUCAUCCCGCUAAGGACUUAGAAGGAGUGGACAUCAUGCUUGGGGUAUGUUCAGGUGGUCUUCUUGUAUACAAAGACAGGCUCAGGAUCAAUCGUUUUGCCUGGCCGAAAGUUCUCAAGAUCUCGUACAAACGCAGCAGCUUCUUCAUUAAGAUUCGUCCAGGAGAGGAUCAGUGUGAAAGCACUAUUGGAUUCAAACUGCCCAAUUACCGUGCUGCCAAAAGGUUGUGGAAGGUAUGCGUGGAAAAUCAUACCUUCUUCAG